GUGGAUCCAUCUGCCUAAAUACAGGAGAGCCUCACCUCAAUGUCACUGUGUUUCGUUACCACCAGGUUGGCAGCAAAAUAAAACAAAUUUCUCCAAAGGAUUUACUAUCCAGCAAAACCUUGAGGACAGCAAAUAUCCAGAAAGCAGUCAGAAAAGGUUUGAGAGGUCCUAGCUCUACACAGGCAACAGCAGCCCCUCUGGACCUCUGGAUUUUAGAUACAGUCCAAGAUGUGGAAGAAGUCGAAGAUCACAGACCAGACAGCAAACGGCCAAGGUCCUGAGCAGGACAUGAUCCACAAGAAAAGAGCUGGCAUCAAAAGGAAAUCCAAAGUUCCAGGAGUGAUGAUCACACAGUAUGUAGAGGAACUACCAGAAGGGAAGAGCACCCCAGACUUCCUACGCAAACCCAUAGCUUUAACCAUCCAAGAGGGGAAGUUAGCUGUUUUUAAAGCAAGGGUGAGUGGGGAUCCCAAACCAGAGGUAACUUGGAGACGAGCUAAAGGAGAUAUGUCAAACAUGGAGAAAUUUCAAAAUAAAUUUGAUGAAGCUACUGGUGAAUACCAUUUAGAGAUGCCCAAAGUGACCUGUGAGGAAGCAGACACCUACAAAUGCUAUGCAUCCAAUGAAUAUGGGAAGGCUGUCUGCACUGUAAUCUUGAAUGUCAUAGAGGUCGGAUUCAAGAAAAAGAAGGCUAUGGAAGAGAUGGAUGCCUCAUCAACAGACCCAACAGAGUUUAGAAAAUUGCUGAGAAAAAGAGCUAAGGGAGAGAAGAAGGAAGAAAAGAACGAUGGAGAAAUCGAUGAGAGAUUCUGGGAGAUCAUCAUGAGCGCAGAUAGGAAGGAUUAUGAGCAUAUUUGCGCCGAGUAUGGCGUCAAAGACUUCCGUGUAAUGCUCAAGAAACUCAACGAGAAGAAAGAAGAAAGAGAGGUGGAGCAGGCCAAGUAUGUUGAGUACCUCAGUAACUUGAAACAUAUUGACCUGAAAGGAGAUGGCUCUGCCAGCUUUGAGUUUGAGAUGGAGCUCAAAGAUCCAACCAGUAGAGUUUUCCUCUACAAGGACGGUGUGAUGUUACCUUUCAGCGAUGAAAUGGCAAUGAAACACAACCUCAAGACUGUAGGAAAAAAGUUAAUCUUCACUGUCAAAGACCUCUUGCCAGAAGAUGCUGGACUGUAUCAAGUGGAUGUUGAGGAGGUCAAUGUUUUCUCCACUGACUUCAAGAUUCCCUGCGUUGACUUUAUCGUCAAGAUCCAAGAGGUGAAAGCCAAAGAGCGAGAGGAUGCCCUCUUUGAGUGUGUCUUGUCCCAUCCAAUAGCCAAGAUCAAGUGGACCGGCAAGAACAGCCCCCUGGAGCAUGGUGACAAGUACAGCAUCAGUGCAUCAGGGGACAAACUGAUUCACAGACUGCUGAUCAAGGACUGCAUGCAGUUGGAUAAAGGCAUCUACUCUGCUUCAGCUGGCAUAAAAUCCUGCAGUGCUUGGCUGAUGGUGGAAGCUGACACUGAACCUGCACCCACUGGUAAAAAGAAGGCCCGCAAAACAACCCAAGCAGGAGGGGCAGGGGUUAAUCUGGAGAAGGUAGCUGAGGAGCAGCAGGGUAAACUGCAGAAGGAGAAGGAGGAGAGAAUUGAAGCCAUCAUCAAGGCCAAAGAAGAACAGCAGGCAACAAUGCCUGAAAAUGUGGUUGAAGAGAAGACUGAUGAUAGUGCAUUAGUUAAAGACCCCCCAGUGGGAAGGGACACAUCUAAAGAUAAACAAACAGAGAUACCCCCCAAAAAACAAGAACCUCCCGUGGUGAAAAGUUCAAUUAGUGAUGGGGGCCAAUUGAAACUUGUAAAGGAGGAGCCAAAAGUAGAUGAGAGUCCUAAACCUGUUAAAACAAGUCCAGUUGUUCCUACCAAUGUCAUAGCACCACCAAAAAGUGAUCUACCUGAACCAGACACACAAGCAAGCGAGGAUGACAACUCUGGACGUAAGAGAAAUACUGGUCCACUGGUCUCAGACAAGGUCAUUGAUCCAGGAGUUCAGUUUGUCAGUGGGCUUUCUGACGUUACUGCCUUGAUGGGCCAGCCUGCUGAGCUCCUCUGCAAGGUGAACAGUGAAAUAUGUGAGGGUGCCUGGUUCCGAGAUGGAAAAAAGAUAUCUACAGAGGAUGGCCUUACAAUAUCUAAGGAUGGAUCAACCCACAAGCUGCUCAUCAACAGCUGCCAGGAGGAACACUCAGGAAAAUACCGUUUUGAGGCAGAUGGACGUAAAACUGAAGCAAUGCUCAAUGUUAAAGAUCCCCCUAGGUUUGACCAAGAUGACUUGGACGCAUUCUCCAAGCCUGUGACAGUCAAAGUUGGUCAAAAUGCAAUUUUCAAGCUGCCUUUUGUUGGCUGUGAGCCCAUGAAGAUCCAGUGGUACAGAGAUGGAGAGGAGCUUUUGGACGAGAACAAUGUUAAGAUAGAGAAGUCAACAAGCCAGAGCCGUCUGCUCCUUAGCAAAUGCCAACGCAAAGAAACAGGAGAGAUCAAGAUAAGACUCAAGAAUGAGCAUGGAACCCUUGAAGCUGUGUCUAAACUCAUUGUGCUUGACAAGCCUACCCCGCCCCAGGGCCCUGUGGAGGUGGUGGAGAGCUCUGCUGUCUGCAUAGACAUCAAAUGGAGGUCACCAAAGGAUAACGGUGGGCGCCCAGUGAAGAACUACCUGCUAGAACGCCAACAGGUGGGGCGUAACACCUGGAAAAAGAUUGGGGAGAUCCCUGGUGUACCUACCUACAAGGAUACAGAUGUGGACCAUGGAAGGAAGUACUGUUACCGUAUACGAGCUGUUACCGAGGAAGGCAUCAGUGAGAUGAUGGAAACGGAUGACAUCCAAGCUGGAACUUUGGCUUUCCCUGGAGUCCCUGCUCCACCAACAGUGGUCAGUGCUUCAAACACCUGCAUAAACCUAACAUGGACUGCACCCUCCAACACUGGUGGCUCACGCAUCGUAGGCUAUAACCUUGAGAAGCGCAAGAAGGGGAGUAAUCUUUGGAGUAACGUCAACCCCAAUGAGGAGCCAAUACAAGAAAAGAAGUAUGUCGUAAAAGACGUUGCAGCAGGGAUGGAGUAUGAGUUCAGAGUGACUGCAAUCAAUGUUUCUGGACCUGGCGAACCUAGCAACCCUUCAGAGUUUGUGUUUGCAAGAGAUCCUAAGAAACCCCCAGGAAAGGUUGAAGAUCUGAAGGUGACAGACACGAGCUACACCACCCUAUCUCUAUCAUGGACUAAACCAAGAGAGGAGAAGGGGGUCCAAGAUGAUCCCAAAGGCUAUUAUGUAGAAGUCCGUCAGGCUGAGAGCCUUGAAUGGGCCCGUUGUAAUGUCACCCCCAUCCUCCUGACCUCCUUCACUGUCAAAGGCUUGAAAGCAUUGUCUAUGUACUGGAUCAGGGUUAUUGCCACCAAUGAGGGAGGGGAUGGUGUGCCCCAAGACUUGGACAACUACGUUCUGGCUAUGCCCCCACCUGUGAGACCACGCUUCACAAACAACAAGGUGAAGAGUUUUAUGGUCGUGAGAGCAGGAAACACAGUCAGGAUCACAAUAAACUUUGAGGCCUCUCCGUGGCCAGAAGUGGACUGGCUGAAGGACAAUGUUCCUGUGACCAAGAGGGUAACCAUCAGCAACUCAGAUGGGUCAUCACAGAUUCUUAUUCCUUCUUCUGAGCGCUCAGAUUCGGGGGUCUACACUAUUGUGGUCAAAAACCUGGUGGGCCAGGAGACCUUCAGUGUGGAAGUCAGGGUUACAGAUGAUCCAAAGCCUCCUGGACCAGUGGAGCUGGAGGAGAGCGUCCCUGGCACAGUGACAGUGAUCUGGGAGUCGUCCCCUGAUGAGAAGCGGGACGACCACCUCCACUACACAGUCUCUAAACUUGAGUCAACCAAAAACACCUGGAGCUCGGUGGCCGAUAGGGUUUUCAACAACAAGUACACCGUUUGCAACAUCAUGCCCGGAAGGGAGUACCACUUCCGUGUCUAUGCCAAAAAUGACAUGGGCAUGUCAGCACCGUCUGAGUCACCUACCUGGGGCAUAGAAAGAAGGAAAGAAAGGUUUGUGGUGAACAUGCCAAUCUACAAGACCUGUGAUUUGAGGAGCCCUCCAGCCUUCCUUGUUCCGCUAAAGCAGCACAAUGCUCCAAAAGGCUAUGAGUGUUAUAUCAGCUGUGCCGUGAAGGGUGAUCCCAAACCUCGCAUCACCUGGUACCGCAAUAAUGUCAGCCUCAACACAAACACCAACUACUACAUCUCCAACAUCUGUGGUGUAUGCUCCUUGUUGAUCCUCCAUGUGGGGCCCAAGGAUGUGGGAGAGUACACCAUCAUAGCAGAGAAUGCCAUGGGCAGGGCUGAGUGUUCCACCAAGUUCUCUGUCAGAGAAUGAAGAAAAAUGCCAUUCUCAUAGUUUUAUAUAUUAAAUGUUUUGAUGUUUAAUCAUGUUGGGUGUGAUAUUGAAAUGAAUGUCUUGGUUGAAAGAAUUAUCUUUAUGCAUGGCCAUGCUGUGCAACAUUGGAACCUGAGAGCCUGUCUUUAAUACACUAUCUGACAAUUACACAAACGAAAUCCACAUCCAUGGAAGCAUAAUACCAUUAACACGUAUUGAUUACAUUUUAAAACAUGAGUUUCAACAUUUAUAAUUUUGAUUCAACAUUCCUCUGGAAGCCCAUUCGUGACUGAAUAAUGAUAAUGAAUGAGCAUUUAUGAAAACUGCUAUUCGUAAAGGUGAGUUCAAGUAAACGCAAUGCAGGAAUAUUGCUCUAUGCCUAAAAAACUAAGAAUAAACCAUUGUCAAAAAGAUGAUUUAGAAUGUG